GGCGUUCCGCGCUCCCCUCCGGCGGCUUGGGCUGUGUUGGGCGGUCGCCCAGACAACAGGCACUUCCGGGAGCGAAGCUCGGCGAAUCCCGCGGGGCAGGGUGCCGGCCUGGACCGCGGCCCUCUCGGACUGUGUGGAUCGUUGCCCGGCAGCACCUGCUUCCGGGAGCGCAUUGCCGGGCCUCUCGCACUGCGGCUUAACCACCUUAGGCUUCUGACUGAAGCUGGAGCCCCCUGUGUUUCUUUGUUGCUCCUGGCAACAGCCACUUCCGGGAGCGAGUGCCCCCCCCCCCCCACCCCACCCCCCCCGUCCCUGCAUCGCUGGCGCCCGAAACCCGAGUUCCGUCUCUAAGCAGCAGCUCGCCCUCGGGUUACGGUGGGCCGCGCCUCCCGGGCCUCCUCGCCGCCUCGGCGGGGUCUCCGGGGCCGCCAUGGUUCUGCUGCACGUGAAACGGGGCGACGAGAGCCAGUUCCUGCUGCAGACGCCGGGGAGCACAGAGCUGGAGGAGCUCACGGUGCAGGUGGCCCGGGUCUACAACGCGCGGCUCAAGGUUCAGCGCGUCUGCUCAGAAAUGGAAGAAUUAGCAGAACACGGCAUAUUUCUCCCUCCUAAUAUGCAAGGACUGACCGAUGACCAGAUCGAAGAACUGAAAUUGAGGGACGAAUGGGGUGAAAAGUGUGUACCCAGUGGGGGCUCAGUAUUUAAAAAGGAUGACAUUGGCCGAAGGAACGGGCAAGCUCCAAAUGAAAAAAUGAAGCAAGUUUUAAAGAAGACUAUAGAAGAGGCCAAAGCAAUAACAUCCAAGAAGCAAGUGGAAGCUGGAGUCUGCGUUACCAUGGAGAUGGUGAAAGACGCCUUGGACCAGCUUCGGGGUGCAGUGAUGAUUGUUUAUCCCAUGGGGCUGCCGCCCUACGAUCCCAUCCGGAUGGAAUUUGAAAACAAGGAAGAUUUGUCUGGAACUCAGGCAGGACUGAGUGUCAUUGAAGAAUCAGAGGCCCAACUGUGGUGGGCAGCCAAGGAGCUGAGAAGAACAAAGAAGCUUUCAGACUAUGUGGGCAAAAAUGAAAAAACCAAAAUUAUCGUCAAGAUUCAGCAAAGGGGACAGGGAGCUCCCGCCCGGGAACCCGUGAUCAGCAGUGAGGAGCAGAAACAGCUGAUGCUGUAUUAUCACAGAAGACAAGAGGAGCUCAAGAAAUUGGAAGAAAAUGACGAUGACUCCUGUUUGAAUUCUCCGUGGGCAGAUAACACCGCUUUGAAGAGACAUUUCCAUGGAGUAAAAGACAUCAAGUGGAGGCCAAGAUGAAGUUAACUGGCUGAUGACGCUGUCAGAAAUACUAGCCUUUCAUUAGGCAAAUAAUACAAAUUUAAAAGAAUAAUAGUAGUAACAGUAAGAGUGCCUGCAGCCCUCUGUGAAAGAAGUUGCAUUUCUAGUUUUCCUAGUUUUUCUUUCCAUUUGAAUGUUUCAAAGAAAAAUUAUUCAAGGUCUUAGAACUUAAUAAAUACACCCUCAAAAGAAUCAGC